CAUUGCGGCACAAGAUGGCUGCCCCCAAAUCCGGACUUGGCGACAUGGCAGACGUGAAAGAAGCCAUCAGAAAACAGGGAGAAAUAGUCAGGAAACUCAAGCAGGAGAAGGCAGAUCCCGAAAAGAUAAGUGAAGAAGUUGAGAAACUCCUGUCACUGAAAGAGCAGUUGGGAGAUGCUCGACCUCAGAAGUUCCAGCUUAAAACACCCAAGGGUACCAGGGACUACAACCCUCGUCAGAUGGCCAUCAGAGAAGGGGUCUUCAAAACCAUCAUCAACUGUUUCAAACGUCACGGAGCAGAGACGAUAGACACGCCUGUCUUCGAACUCAAGGAAACCCUAACAGGGAAGUACGGAGAGGAUGCCAAACUGAUCUAUGACCUGGCAGACCAGGGGGGAGAAAUUCUCUCACUCAGAUAUGACCUGACUGUUCCGUUUGCCCGUUAUCUGGCCAUGAACAAGAUCAACUCCAUCAAAAGAUACCACAUUGCGAAGGUGUACCGGAGAGACAACCCCGCCAUGACCAGGGGGAGAUACAGGGAGUUUUACCAGUGUGAUUUUGACAUUGCUGGCCAGUAUGAUUUGAUGAUCCCUGAUGCGGAGUGUGUGAAGAUUGUAGCUGAGAUCCUGUCUGAACUGAACGUGGGAGACUUUGUCAUUAAGCUAAACAACCGGCUGCUCCUGGAUGGGAUGUUUGCCGUCUGCGGGGUUCCCGAGGAAAAGUUCCGAACAAUCUGCUCAGCCGUCGACAAACUGGACAAGACGUUCUGGGAGGAUGUUCGGUCAGAAAUGGUGGAUGAGAAAGGCCUGGCGCAGGAGGUGGCCGACCGCAUCGGGGAGUACGUAAGACUGAACGGCCAGUUGGAGCUUGUAGACCAGCUGAUGCAGGACGACCAGAUGAUGAAGAAUAAGAUGGCGAGACAGGGUCUGGAGGAGAUGAAGCUCCUGCUCACUUACUGCCAGCUGUUUGGGGUUCUCCACAAGGUGUCCUUUGACCUGAGCCUGGCCCGAGGACUAGACUACUACACAGGAGUCAUCUAUGAGGCCGUCCUCACGGCAGAAAAAGCCCAGAGUGACGGAGGAGACAAGAGUGAGCCUGUCGGUGUGGGCAGUGUUGCGGGAGGGGGGCGCUAUGACGGCCUGGUCGGCAUGUUCGAUCCCAAGGGCAAAAAGGUUCCCUGUGUGGGAGUCAGUAUAGGGAUUGAAAGACUGUUCUCUAUCAUGGAGGCAAAGGCAGAGGCGGCUGAAGGAAAAGUGCGCACGACAGAGACACAAGUGUACGUGGCGUCUGGUCAGAAGAACAUGCUGGAGGAGCGAAUGAAGCUCUGUAACCUGCUGUGGGAGGGGGGCAUCAAGACGGAGCUCUCCUACAAGAAGAACCCUAAGCUUCUGAACCAGUUUCAGUACGCGGAGGACCACGGCAUUCCGUUCCUGGCCAUCAUCGGGGAGCAGGAACUGAAGGACGGAGUCGUCAAAGUCAGAAACACCAGCACCAGGGAGGAGGAAACUUUCCCAAGAGAAAAGCUCCUGGAGGAAAUACGGACCAGAGUCAGUCAAUCUUAACCUUGUUAACAAACUGCACAUAACAAUAGACAGCACCA